AGGAGUACGCUGUUGCCGAAACCUCAGAUGCAUGAUCCUCUGUCCAAGCGUCUGUGGGUUCAUAUUGGUGCAUUCAUUGUGGCCCUGGGAGUUGCUGCUGCCCGUAAGUUUGGUGCAGCUGAACCAAGAAAGAAGGCGUAUGCAGAUUUCUACAGGAAUCAUGAUCCCAUGAAAGAUUUUGAAGAGAUGAGGAAGGCUGGAGUCUUUCGGAGUGUGAAGUGA